AUGAAGAAGGUAAACAUAAUAAAUAAUUUCGAUGAGCAAAUAAAAUCAUUAAAUGACAAUAACAUACCACAAAAAUAUUGUACACCAUCAAAUAAUAUAAAUAUUCAAAAUUAUUUAAAAGAAAAUAACAUUAAAUAUAAGCACCCAUCUAAUGGAUAUCUAAGCCUUAAUGAUUUAUUGAGAUUUGUUGAUAGUUUAAAUCCUUCAGAAAAUUAUUCUUUUAAUCACGGAAAUGUUUAUUCGGAAAAUGGGGAAAAUGAAACAAUUAGUGGAGGACCCAAUAAAAAUGAGUAUAUAUAUAAUGAUCGAAACUUAUUUCAAAAUACCUCGAAUAAUAAUUUUUUAAGAAAUAAUCCAAGUGAACAAACAUAUUAUACAAAAAACAAUUAUGAUAAUAAUUGUAAUACCUACCAAGAAUAUAACGACCGUAAUAAUAAUAGCAAUUAUAAAAAUGAUAUGAUUUAUGAGGACAAUAAUAAAUAUAAUAAGCAACAAAACAAUUCUUAUAUUUGUCUGGAUAAUGAUAACCCUCAAAUAUUGAAUGAAAUGUAUGGAUCAAGAAACACUUUAUCACAUCAAAGGGAUCAAGAAUGUACACUAAUUGAUUAUAAAAAACCUAUAGUAUCUAAUAAUAAGAAGAAUAAUAAUGACAAUAAUGUAUUGCAACAGCUAUUUGAAUGUAGAGAUAGGAUGGCUAAAUGGGACAAUAUAGCUGAUCCUGAAAAAUUAAUCACUACAAAAAAUUUAAAAUUAUUAAUAUUGUAUUCUCCAAAAAGUAUUGAUGAAAUGAAAAAAAUAAACUUAAUAGGUUUUGGAGAAUGUAAAAUCAAUAAAUAUGGAUAUGAACUCCUAAAAAUUUUAUUAUCCCGUUAA